CGUUUUGAAGGGUCGCUGAUUUUCUCUUUUUUUCGCACAUGCUUCCGGACUGGUGCUGUCACCCUGUCGUGUGCCCUGUGUGUACCUACGGGCACCUUCGAGAACCUCUCCCUCGCUCGAACCUGUAUCUUGCCAUCCCUCGGUUCCCUUGUUUUUGUUCAUUUCCUCUCUUCCUAUGUAGCGUUGACUCUCUGAAAUCUCACACAACAUACCUUGAUCUUCUGAUACCCUAUACCCCAAGACACGACUACAUCUCUUUCCUGUUGUUCCCCCUUCCCUACCCCGUACACCGAGAGGGACCCAUCCGUCCGACCGGCCUAAUCUGCGGGACCCCGAGUUGCGAUCCCGAGCUUCAUCGACAUUUGCUCAACGGCACCCAACAAUUCCCGUCAUAAAUGCCUGUACCCCGCGCUGGCAUUUAGAUAAGAAAACAGAAGCGCGCACUUUAUUUUCGAAGCAGGGCGAGCAACAAGCGAUUGAUCUUGGGGCAACCUCCAUUUUAUCUUGUACCCCGCGGGCAGCUCUACCAGGCCCAACGGCUAAACGCCAUUAUUCACAAAGGCAGACGAGCAAAAGCCACGAGGCGACUUCACAACCUACCUCGGGGGGGAGGUGAAACGUUUCUUGUCCGAGUAACUUGCACCGACAUCCCACCCACCGACCGGCGCGCAAUCUCGAGUCCAAUCCAACCCCAUCUCCGUGCUCUGCCCCGGGCGACCCGAAAUAAAAACUCAUUGUCCUGGCGCGGGGACAACAACAACAGGAUUGCUUGAGUGAGCAUGUCCGAAACAACACAGCUGCAGACGCAGCAAGCGGCGGCACCCCAGAGUGCCGCCAACCCAAAGCCCGCGAAGGAGCUCUAUCCGAUGGUGGGCUGGAAGUAUGACAGCUUCCUCUGGAUAAUGUCGCUGCUGGAGGACACGUUCUUUCGCGAGGUGCAUCCGCGUAGUGCUUGGAGAGUGCCCAAACAUGGCCCUGUUCUGUUCGUGGCUGCCCCGCAUGCCAACCAGUUCGUCGAUGCUCUCGUUUUGCUGAGAACACUACAGAAGGAAUCCAAAAGACGAGUUUCGCUGCUUAUCGCGCAAAAGUCAGUGUCUGGCUUCAUCGGAUGGGCAUCUCGCCAGGUGGGCUGCGUGCCAGUAGGACGACCGCAGGACUCGGCGAAGCCCGGUCGGGGCACUGUUUACCUUCCCAACCCAGUGGAUGACCCUACGCUUGUUCGUGGGAUCGGCACCAAUUUCACUGAAUUUGGAGAGGUGGGUGGUAUCAUCUUCCUCCCUUCGGCUAAGGGUCAGAGCGGAGAAAGUUUGGAUAUCAGCGAAGUUAUUGGACCCGAGGAGGUUCGCAUCAAGCGGCCGCCCAAGGGGAAGCUGGCCAUGUCACAGCUUACUGGCCGUGAUGAUGUGGAUGCGAAUGGCAAGCUUCUCAACAAGGAGGACAAGAAGCCCAGGGAGGGGUAUCAGGGCAUCAAGUACAAGAUCGCGCCGCAUGUGGACCAGUCCAAAGUGUUCCAGGCCGUGUUCGAUCGUUUGGCGUCUGGGGGUUGCGUUGGUAUCUUCCCUGAGGGAGGCAGUCAUGAUCGGACUGAGCUGUUGCCUUUGAAGGCGGGUGUGGCGCUGAUGGCGCUGGGAACACUGGCGGAUCAUCCUGAUUGCGGCCUCAAGAUUGUGCCUGUGGGCAUGAAUUACUUCCACGCUCACAAGUUCCGCUCGAGAGCCGUUGUGGAGUUUGGGGCUCCUUUGGAUAUUCCGCGGAACCUGGUUGACGCGUAUUCGAACGGCGGGACGGAGGGGAGACGUGAGGCGGUGGGUCAGGUCUUGGACAUGGUAUACGAAGCCCUGAGCGCUGUCACCGUUUCGGUGCCCGACUAUGACACCUUGAUGGUUAUUCAGGCUGCGAGACGGCUUUACAACCCGACCGGCAAGCCACUACCGCUUCCUGUGGUCGUCGAACUUAACAGGCGGCUGGCCUUGGGCUACGAGAAGUAUAAGGAAGAUCCGCGCGUCAAGGAGCUCAAGGAGGCGGUCACCGAGUACAAUAAGCAGCUCCGGUACCUCGACAUCCGGGACCACCAGGUUGAAAAGGCGAAGCUUUCGUGGUUUACCGUUGUCGCAACGUUCCUCCAGCGCGUUGUGGUAUUGUUUCUUUUGUCUGCGGGUGUGAUUCCGGGUCUGCUGCUUUUUGCGCCCGUGUUCAUCGCCUGCAAGGUCAUCAGUCACAAAAAGGCCAAGGAAGCCCUCGCUGGCUCUGUGGUCAAAGUCCAGGGCAAGGACGUCAUUGCUACUUGGAAACUGCUGGUCGCCUUGGCUUUGGCUCCUCUCUGCUACAACACCUAUGCCAUCAUCACGCUUUACAUGGUGCACAAGCACCGGUAUUACGGCUGGGUCCCCGAAUGGGUACCCUUCUGGGCUGUGUACAUCGCCUGCUGCAUCUUUUUCAUCCUACUCACCUUUGCCGCAUUGCGCUUUGGAGAAGUUGGGAUGGAUAUUCUGAAGUCGCUGCGGCCACUUGCCCUCUGCAUCAACCCUGCGUCCAGCUACAAUGUGGCCAAGUUGCGGGAGAGACGCGCCGAGCUGAAGGCGCAGGUGACGGACAUCAUCAACACGAUUGGUCCCGAGAUGUUCCCCGACUUUGAGCACAGUCGCUUGUUGGCUCCAGCUGAUUCCGCCGCCCGGGCAGCAGCUCGCAGGGAAGCCGGUGUCAACAGCCCGCCCAUCUCACCCAACCGGCCUUCCUACGACCGCCGUUCCAGCUAUAGCGUCUCAGUCAACGGAAGCGACAGCCCGCCAUUCCAGGCACCCACAAGAAGGAACACCACCUCCUCCAGCCGCAACAUCCCCUACAACGAAUCAUUCAGCAACAUCGCGCAAGCGCAGAUUUUUGCUACCAGGCCGACGACGCCUUCUAAUCACAGUCGAGCAAGCAGCUCGGGGGGCAGGCCGGGAUCGGCUGGUUUCCCGGUGGCUGGGUUCACGACGUUGGAUAGCGCCGAGGGAUUUGACGAGGCGAGCAAAAAGAUUAGGGCUGCGAUGAAGGAGAGGGGGGAGAUGAGACGGCGAAAGAGCCAGGCGAGGCAGUUUAUGACGGGGGAUGAGGGGACUAGUGAGGAGGAUGGCAGUGAUGGGGUUGAGUUUGGUGAUCGGAGGAAGGGGCAGUGAGAAAGAUGGGGGCGGGGGGCGAGAGGUUGGGUUGGUUAAGUUUUCUUUUGUCUAUUUUUUUUGUCUUUAUUCGUUACUCAGGAGACUUUGUAACUGGGAGUAAGAUACCCCCAGGAAGGCGGAUGGCUGGCAAGCCGGUGGCCGCUCUUUGGUGGUGUUAAGGGGGAAGAGAAAGGAAAAUAUCUGGUAUGGGUUAGUCUUUUUUUUGUGGUUGCGGUUCGAAUCUGAGAUGGUUCUAGUUGUUUAUAUUGAUGUGUA